AUGAAUAAAACUGAUAUUAUAAUUGAUACAGAUAUUGCUCAAAACAAAACAAUUAAUAAUUUGUAUAUUUCUACCAACACAACUAUGAAAAACCCAAGGAAUAAUAGUCAAAAUAAAAACUGGAAAACAAUUAUAAAAAAAACCAAGGACUUAAAUUCUAUACUUCAACCAAAGAAAACACAAGAUAGGCAAAUAAUUAUUGAUAGUAAUAAUGAUAAAAGUGAAUCAGAUUCAAGUGAUAUUCCGAAAACUUUGAAAAUAAAUGCUUAUGACACUAUUAAUAUUUUAUAUAAUAAGAAUGAAAUUGAAGAGAAUGAUCGAAAAAAAGAGAAUCAGGAAAGUAUUGACACUAUUAUGGAAGCUUAUGAUAAAAAACAUGGAUUUGCAAUUAUAAAGAAACAGUUAAUUCGUCUUGAAAAUGGCAGUAUUAAGCAUCAUAGUUUUGGAUAUGAAUUUGGUGAUCAUUAUCAAUCAAAAAAACUAAUUGAUAUUAAUAAACAUCAAGAUUGUAAAUCAAAAUGCCAACAAGCAAAUUUCAAUUACCCUAAAAAUUCUCAAAAUAUAGUCCUUACCACUUUUAAUAAUUUGCAUAACUAUAUGUUAUUUCCUAAUAAUGAAGAGUACUCAACAAAAUAUUGA